AUGCCCGGAAUCCUACCUAUGAAGGUCAUCAAGGUGGGCACUAGCUCUCAGAGCCGAAUUGCCCAAGCUUGUGAUCGUUGUAGAAGCAAAAAGAUUCGUUGUGACGGAAUUCGCCCUACAUGUUCUCAGUGCGCCAAUGUCGGUUUUGAAUGUCGGACAAGCGACAAGCUCAGCCGCCGUGCAUUCCCUCGUGGAUACACAGAAUCGUUGGAGGAACGCGUACGACAACUGGAAAGCGAAGUUCGAGAGCUCAAGGAUUUAUUAGACGAGAAGGACGAAAAGAUCGAUAUGCUUUCUAAGAUUCACGGCAACCGACCAAGUCCUUCAAUGCCCGUGAGCAGCCCUGCUAUCCCGGAAUCUCGGAAUGAAACACAGGUUGUAAAAGAGGAUACCUUCCGUGUACAAGCUGCGCCUUUAUUGCUUGGAGUUGAGAACUCUGAUUCUUACUUCAUGGGCGCAUCCAGUGGCCGCACCUUUAUCGACGCCUUCAAGCGCAAACUUCAAGAAGCCGGAAAACCUAGCACUGAUUUCCAUACAGAAGCGUUCUUGCAUAUCCAGGGGUCCCCUCCUCGCCUCUUCUCCGAUCGCUGCGUCAAUGUUUACUUCCAAGAGUGGGCACCUCUCUUUCCUAUCCUGCAUAAGCCAACAUUCCUCCACGUCUACGAGGAGUUUGUGGCCGACCCAGAGAAAGUCAAGAGUAAUCACAAGCUUGCACAGCUUAAUCUUGUCUUCAGCAUCGCCGGCCUUUCAUCAGAUAACCCUGAUCUCCCUCAACUUGCCGCAUGUGAGGAGCAAUGGCGGGCCGCGCUCGACGCUGUCCUAAUGGAGAACACCAUGAGCACUCUCCAAUGCCUUUCCCUUGCUGUUCUUUAUUGUACCAUGCGCGCCGACUAUAAGCGACUUCAACAUUACAAAGGCAUCGCCAUUGGUCUUUCUCAUCGCCUAGGCUUGCAUCAGAGCCAGAAGAGAUUCUCCUUUGGUGCUCUUACAAUCGAGACCCGUAAGAAGGUCUUCUGGACUCUUUACACCCUCGACUGCUUCUCCGCCGCUACUCUUGGCCUUCCCAAGCUCCUCAAGGAGGAAGAUAUCCAGGCUGAAUACCCAUGCGAUACUGACGAUGAGUAUGUCACUGAGAAGGGUUUCCAGCCCACCCUUCCUGGAGAAUACACUCGUUUGUCGAAUGCACUGGCCCUGUUUCGUGCAACGCGCAUUCUUGCCAAGGUGCUAGAGAAAAAUUACCCCGCCUCGAGCUCCUAUGAGAUCUCUCUCCAACAGAUGGCUUCACUAGAAAGUGAGCUGGAUGCGUGGUACCACCAUCUACCUUCUCAUUUGCGACUCACCUUCGUUCAAGAUAAGCCAUCCACGGAUGUGACUGGUAGCCGCUCGCCUCUGCUGGCUCUGGCUUACUACUACAUUCGCACCCUCAUUUACCGUCCCGCAGUUGGCUCCAACUUGGGCCCAAAGGCAGCUUCAGCUCUAGUAUCUAUUGGUUCAUCGAGCAAGCACAUCAUUCAGAUUAUCCAACUCCUUGAAGAGCGUGGCAUGACUUUCUCUUUCUGUCUGAACAGGACUGAUCUCCUGGUCGUCUGUGGAAUGACGCUUCUCUAUCACUCAAUCGAUCUCAAACAAGACAGCAAGAUCAUGCGCGAUGACGAACGCUUGGUAAAUGCCGUGAUUCGCAUCCUGGAUAAGACCGAUGCUUCUGGGUCGUUCGAUUUCAAGCGUGUGGCUAGCAUGCUUGUCACAGUUGACGAAUCCGCUGGCUCGCCAAUGCAGACUUCACGUGAGAUGUCGAUGGCCCCCGCGCCAGUUUCCAACCGAGGAUCGCCACCAACCGGGGGAGUAUCCAAGUCCAAGAAGAAGAGAAACACAGCCUAUCCCUUUGGUCAACUCGCCGCGGCUGCAUCCAGUGAGAGUAACCUUAUCGAUCACCAGGAGAGGUUGCGCCGCAUGACAAUGCCAUGCGAAGCCGACUCUCGACCUGAUAGUUACCGUGCCCGGGCUCGUCAGUCAUUUGAUAAUCUCCAUGCCGAGGCCCCUGUGGCUCAGCGAGGUCAUCGUAUGUCUACAUCGCCUAGACCUGAGCGCAAGGCUUCCCCUCUGUCCCGCAAUCUUGACUUUAUGCCCUUCGCCCACAGCUCACAGUCGCCCCAACCGCUUUCACCCAAUCAAGCUCGUGCACACUCUCAUUCUGGAGCGACACCCCAGGCGAAUCACCUGAUGAUGAAUUCUCCUAUGGCUGCCGCUAAAAUGAGCGGGGUUUCGACUACUGAAUGGGAGACUCUUCUGGGGUCAUUGGAUGGUGGCAUGAACAAUGUCUACGACGCCAUUUACGGUGGACAGGGACUUGUGAACGAGAGUGCGAUCGCUGUAAGCAACUGCGGCGACUGGCCUCCGGAUAACUGGGACCUUGCUGGCUUUAGUAUCACCGAGUUUGGAAGCAACCCACAGCCUCCUCAAAGUGUUCUCAGCAUGAGCGAUGAGAGCCUUAGCUCGGGCGAAGAAGUCGGACCUUCAGAACUCGGAUUAAGUGUCGACAGCGUCGACUACCGCAACCACAUGGUGUCACAGCAGCACAAUCACGAGGCAUAUGUGAUUUCCGAUCGGAUGGACACAUUUCCUAUUUUGCAAUAG